ACGCUGCUGUACCCCUUUUAACCGGUAUUUGGUAAAUCAGUAACGUUACAUUUUUUGUUUAGAUCGUCUCACGCAUGCGCAGCAUCCAGUAGAAAGAGACAGCACUUCAUCUACAGUGAUAGUUCCAGUUUGUCGCCAUCUUGCGACGAAGCGUAGAAUCCGCGUGUUGACAGUUCGUGCCAUAAAAGGGUGAUUCCAAUAUGGCGACUUGCCAGUUCCGCGAAGCGCUCUAAUUUGAUGGGACCGUGUGCACAAUUUUUUUUUCUACCAUUCGUGUAACGUGCAACGGCCAAUCCCCGCUUCAACCAGACGUGAGUUUAAUUCAAUACCUCGUAACUUGAGUGCGGCAUACUUGCCUAUAUACAAAACGCAUGUAUGAACCACAAACAUCAUCGGAUUACAGUCAAGAGAAUCGAGAAACUAUCGAGGCGCUGGACACUGUAAGCUGAGGUGUAAACAAUCAAUUUCAAUCACAAACUCUAGGAAUAUUCGGCAAAGUUUUCAUUUGGCACAAUGUCAGCCAUGGAGGAAAUAGAAGCUGAAGACGAAUUCCAAGAUGCCCAGGAGAGCAUUGUUGCUCCAACGAGCAUGGAUUUAGACACCGCAAUGGGGGAGGCGAAGCAAGCGAUCCACUACUUUUUUAACAAUGAUUUCGUCCAAGCAAGAAAGAUCCUGGCACCGUGGGCUGAAACCAGUAUAUAUCAUGCUCUAGGUCACAGUACUUUCGCUUUUGUCGAGGCUAUUCUCACCUUUGAACAAAAGCACAUCGAGAAGGCUGCAGAAACUUUGAAACAGUGUAUGUCUGUCUGCCAAAAACAUCGCAGAAAGAACACCAUCGCCCAGAAUAUUGGAAAAAUAGUAAAAAAGGCAAAUUACGACAGUUACACUCCAGAGGAGCUACACGCCGAACUUUGCUAUGCCGAGGCGCUCCUCAUCAAGAGCCUACUCACAUUCAUGGAAGACGAGACAUUGGUGUCAUUUGUCAAGGCAGGAUUCAAGAUAAGAACCUGCUACUUAUCGUUCAAGGAAUGCCAAACAAUUUUGAAGACUAGAAAAUGGACCAACGAUAAUCACAGAAUACAUUUUGAGAGCGGUGUUCGAAUGGGUAUCGGUGCAUUUAAUUUGAUGAUAUCGUUGCUUCCUGGUAGAAUAAUUAAGUUGUUGGAAUUCAUAGGAUUUUCUGGGGACAAGGCCUUUGGACUUGAGCAACUUGAAGCUGGCUACAGAGAGCCGAACGGCCUUCGUCAGGUGCUUUGCGCGUUGACUUUACUCUCCUUUAACUUGAUAGUGAUGUACGUUCUCUCUGACUCGAGAAGCGAUUUGAAGUGGUGCGAGUCGACUCUGGAUGAGGAAUUGAUGCUCUAUCCGAACGGAGCUUGGUUUCUCUUCUUCAAAGGAAGAUUGGAGCUGGUAAAAGGGAACGUCGAAGAAGCUGUACAGUGGUACACAAAAUCGUGGAAGAGUCAGGCGAUAUGGCCCCAGUUCCACCAUCUUUGUUACUGGGAAUUGAUGUGGGCUCACUGUCUGCAGAGGCAGUGGGACGACGCCUUAAUUUACGCCAAUCAUUUGGAGGCUGAAUCGAACUGGUCCAAAACUAUAUACAUGUAUCAAAAGGCGGCAAUUCUAAUGAUGAAGAAGGAUAGGGAAGACGAAAAGGCAAAAGAUAUGAUCAGAGAAUUGAUGACUCAGGUGCCGACCCACAAGCAACGCAUCGCCGGCAAAUCGUUGCCGAUGGAAAAAUUCGUUAUAAGAAAGGCAGGACGAUUUUUCGCUCAGAAUGAAUCCCUGGUUUUACCUACUUUCGAGCUUCUUCUCGUUUGGAACAUGUUCAAGGUGUUGGGAACUCGGCCUGACCUACUUUUGAAUAUAUUCAAACUCGCCGAGGAAGAGGAAACUUCGUUGAAACUUCAACCAUCUGAUUACCAAGCGGACAACGAAGGUCUCAUUUUGUUGCUGAAAGGAACUUGCCUGCGGCAUAUACGCAAACCCCUUCAGGCUGAAGAAUGUUUGCGGAAGGUGUUGCGCCUCGAUAAGCAAAUCAAGGAAGAUACUUAUCUGCUUCCAUUCGCAGCUGUUGAGCUCGCCUUACUAGCUAGGGAUCAAGACAAGCCGCAGUUAGCCAUUGCGCUUCUGGAGGAUACAAAAAAAAACUACACGGGUUAUUCUUUGGAGUCGAGACUUCACUUCAGAAUCCAUUCCGCUCUGCUUGAACUUACUGGUAAAAAACCUGAAGAAAUUAUAGGGGUUUCUGCAAACGGUAACAGCGAAGAGGAAACUGAUGCUAGCACAUCUACAUAUUUAUAAACGUCCCUAAUACACUAGAAGGUUGUUAUUAAAAAUUUAUUCAUCGAUUAUUAUAACUGCAAUUAACGAUUGAAACUUCUCAAUUCGUUAACUGCCGUACUAUUAGUGUAAGAUUACUGAUACUAUCGAUUAAUUUGAUAAUCUUCCACUUGUUUUCCGUCGAUUGAUGUUUAUCCAACUUAUUCUCUCUAUACUCAUAAUUCUCUCUUAUAACAGAAUUGGUGAUAUUCUUUGGCUAGCAAGAACGAUUGAAGAAAGUAUACUAAGGAAAGAAAUGCAGGUUGAAGCAAAAUCCGCGUAGAUGCGAUGUACAUGGAGAUACAUGUUUCCCCGAGAUAGUUGAAGGCUUUUAGGCGUAGAUUUCGUGGGAACUUUGUAAAAGUUUUAUGACCGAUGGGGCAAACAUAUGCCAGAUGUGUUGCAUGUACAAAUACAGUUAGAAUAUAAUUAAUUCUAAAUAUGUAGAAAAAAGUGGUAAAUAGCUGUAAUUUAAAUUAAAUUCAACAGUUCGUUAUUAAUUUACAGAAAAAAAUAUAAGUGAACAAUAGAAUAGUUCGUACUUGUUCCUACACACAAGAAAAAAAAAGCCUAAGUUUCGCCUCAACCUUGAGCUAAAUAUUAUAAUGUAAUUACUAUAAGUUAGUUUUUGGUGUAACAGGAUGUGGUUUUCUAGAUUUUGGUAUCUAUUUUCUGCAGCUAACGGAAUCGUUGAUUAUUUAUUUUACACAGAUAAAAGAGAAAAAUUAGUUAUUUAUUCAAUUUAUUAGUUUUGUUAUUGUUAUGCCGUUUCAAUUUUAUGUAGGUGUCGGAUCUUCAUAACGUUUAUGCAAUCUUUUUUUUUUUGCGAUGUUAAUCUAGUUUAUUUACAGAAUUAUUUACUCCAAAUAAUUGGAAUGUUAAACGACGAUGUUUUUCUAUUAAUCCUACGAAGAGUAAAUCGAUCUCAAAUAUUUGAACAGACAAAUAACAUCGUCAAUAUAUCUUCAGCUGAGGUUGUUUUUGUAAGAUAUUUUUCUAUUAAUUCUUCGUACAGUAAAUCGUUCCCAAAUAAUUUAAGAAACAAACAACAUCACUAAUACAUCUCCAACUGAGAAAUAUGGACGAUUAUUCAAUUAACAAUUGUUAGAUAAUUAGAUGCGCAUUGAAGCCGUGAUCGUGAGAAUAGCGAAUUUGAAUAUCGCGACUCUCUUCCAAACGAUCUUUUAUGAAUAUAAAUAUAUAAUGAAUGUGAGAAAAAAUUUUUGUACAUGAAACGAAAUAUUUUUCUAGAGUAUGUUUAGGUAGAAUAAUUUAAUAAUUUAAUAGGUAUUCUUAGUGAUGUAUUUAUUGCUAUACAUAUGGAUCCCUGAUACGCAUUGAAUGCGUAUUACUUGUUGUGAUUUCGUAUAAAUUAUACAUGCAAAUUUUAUUGGGUCACUGUACGUUCGUUAUUAUAAAACAAUAUUGAAGAUAUCUUUAUGACCAUUGUUAUUAUUGUUAUUAUUAGCAUUUUUUCCUUUAUUCUUCAUUUAAUGCAACUUAAUUUUUAUGUUGAAUAGUUCUUACUUUACAAACUCCUCGCAAGGUAAAAAUGAUCAAAAAGGUCUUGAAGUAUCGAUAUGUGAGAAUUUUGUGUGAUGGAUCAAAGAAAUUUAAGGAGAUAGAACAAGAGCAAGGAAAUCAGGCUUUUUGCAGAGAGUAAGGAAACCAUUGUAUGAAGUAUUACAAAUUUUAUUUUACUUUCUCGAAUUCCGUUUCAUCUUCCUUUCAAACAGUCAAACAGCUUUUGAAACCUUUUGAAACACGCUUAAAGGCUGAAAAAAUUGCAAGUAAUAAAUUUGGGGCAACAAUAAAUAAAUUAAGCACAAAAAAGAAUGAGUAACAUAAAGUGAAAGGAUUAAAGUAUAUUCAUCACAAUGCAAAUCACAAUUAUAGAUGAAUUUGAAUGGAACUUGACGUUUAAGGAACAAAAGAAUUACAACCAAAGAUGAUAUACAUAUACAUGUGUGUAUGUAUGUAUGCAUAUAUGUAUGUGUAGAUGGAAUUUAUUAUUACCUUCUCUCAAUUUACGAAUAUUCACGUAUGCAUUUAUUAUAUACACACAUGAUUUAUUAUAACGUCUUUUACAGGUAUUUUUAUUACCAAAUUAUAUACUCGAAGAUAUUCAUUAUUACUAUUAUUGUUGUUGGUAUUACCAGUAUUAUCAGAUUUAACCCCAUUUAUUUAAAAAUAUAUAUGUAUAUAAUUUUAUAUAUAAUUUUUUAUUUAUUAGCAAGCUAUAAUAUAGCUAUUUCAAAAGUUUAUAGUAAUUUUUACUAUUCUAUUAUAUUUAGGUCAGUACGAUACUAUGUUUUGUUAUUUAUACAGUAUGUAAUUUGACGGCAUCUACUCUACACAUACUUAUGUGUAAUAUUUAUCUACUUUCUUACGUAAGAAAAAUUUCGUUCUUCGUAAUGAUGUCGCAUUUUGUUUACUUUUUUUUUUUUCUUUUCCUUGUGUUUUUAAUUUCAAGUAAUUAUUAGCGUCUAGUCAAAUAAUAAACGUUCGAUCAAUUAUAGUUUACAAAUUAGAAACCGAAAAAAAAAAACAUAAACUAAUAUUAAAUAAAGACGAUAAUACAUAUAGCACCAGAAUUCAAUAACUAAUCACAAAUUAAUUCGGGUCACAGAAUGCAGCUUAUUAUAAUUACAAUUACACUUGAUUAGGAUACACAUUGUUGUAAAAAAUUUAAUUUAUUACAGAAUCCUGUUUUAACAUAAAUUUCUUACUAAUUAAUCACCUUUUUUUUUUCUCUUUUUUCAUUUUGUUUCCUCCCUAAAUCAUGCUAGCGGUAGUAGUUACGUUAAUAAAACGAUGUACAAAAGGCUGUCGAUUCGCCUCUUGGAAUUUAGUUUAAAAAUAUCACCUAUGUAUACACCAUCUUGAUAUCUUAGCCUAAUGCAUAUUUGCUUUCCAUUGUUAUUAUUAUUAUUAUUAUUAUCACUAUCAUAAUCAAGGAAAUAUUAUAUCAUAUUCUAUUUCAUCAAUAUUAUGCAUACAUGCUAAGCCUUUGCCAGUUACAUUUUCCGUUUCAGAGAUAUAAAGACGAUCUCCUGAGUCUUAAAUCGAUUUUUAAUACGAAUUAAUAUUAUUUACUAUCUAGUAUUGAACUUCCUAUGUUACAUUUAUUAUUUUCCGUAACAAUAUACUUUAAUAACUGCCACUUGUGAACUGAUAUUAAUAUACUUUGGGUAGAGUAAAAAAAAGAAUCGGAAAUCCAAGCGUGAUGUAUCGAUAUAAUUUGAGGCAAAAUACCAAGUUUGUUCAUUUUUCUUUUAACAUUCCAUUUCUAACAUAUCCGUGCACACAUGUGCAUACGAUUCAAUGCAAAUUUCAACCACGACGCGCAAUUGCUUUUUACAUACCACGUCUGAAUUUGGAUUCAAACCGUGAUCAUUAUUGAAAAUCAUAUUGCUUACAAACUUUUCCUUACCAUUAGCAAUAGUUACUGAGAGGAGAGAAAAAAAAAAAAGAAAAAAAUGCACCUAUAGGAUUUACAUCCGCAAUACUCAAGUUUCAUAUUGUAACACUAAGUAGAUUAAGCUUAUUCCAAUAUCUAUCGAAAAACGUUACUCACAUAGAAGUUAUCAAUCGCUCGUCACGUACCAAUAAAAAGUUAUUGAACAUAUUUACUUGUAUGGAAUUUUCGUUUCAGAAGUUACGUAUAAUGGUUUAAACUCCCUUCUAUGUGUAAAUAUAUGACCUUCUUUUACUUAAACAAUUCAUUUGUUGAUUGUUAUAGUUGUUACAGCUGUUAUCAAAAUUACCUUAGGCAAGUAGAAAUGAUAAAAAUGCACUGACCUUAAAGCUUGCAGUUAAAACCAAUGAUUCUUAAAGAGAAUUUACUUCACCAAUAUAAGUGCAGUCCCUUUCCAUUUUAACAGUCUAUUUGCCGUGCUCCCUGACAUCUCGAUGUUACGAUUGAAGA